UGUAUAUCUCGUUUCGGUGAAUAGUUUCUGUUCUAUGAACAGACAGAACCACGCAGGGUGUUAGAAAAAUUUUUAUUUUGUCAUCCUUGUCAUCGAAGCACCGGGAGUACUGUCAAACAAUACUUGAAAUAAAUUGUUGUCAUUAAGGGAUAAAUUAAUAGAUCGACAUGGGAGACGGGAAGAAGGGCGAACGACAACCGUUGUUAAAAAAUGAAAAUGUCACUUAUAGUUCACACGGCAGCGAUUUCGUUGAUGAAGUGGAAUCGACUGUUAGUACAGUAUCUGCAAUAGGUCCUGAUGAAGUGCCACCUCCAUACGAAUCAAGUAGUCAAUGUGGCAAGCCUAUGGUCACUUGUAGGGUUUGUCAAGCUAUGAUAGAUAUUUCUGGUAAAAGAGAUCAACAUGUUGUUAAAUGCUGUCAAUGUAAUGAAGCUACACCCAUACGAAAUGCACCUCCUGGAAAGAAAUAUGUCCGUUGCCCAUGUAAUUGUUUAUUAAUAUGUAAGAGUUCUUCACAACGUAUUGCUUGUCCAAGGCCAAACUGUAAACGUAUUAUUAAUCUUGCUCCAAGCCCAAUUACACCACCUGUUUUAUCUAUGCCUGGAAUGUGUAGGGUAUGCUGUGGUCACUGUCAUGACACAUUUUUGUUUAAUACCUUAAAUAAUGCUUUGGCUCGAUGUCCACAUUGCCGAAAAAUAUCUUCUGUUGGUCCAGAUUUUGCUAGAGGCCGAGGUAUUGCAUUCACUAUCGUUGGAUUAAUAGCCUUAGUAAUUGCAAUAGCUGUGACUGUUGGAACACAUACAUAUGCAAAAACUAGUGGUGGAAUUUAUGUAGCUUAUGUUGGUGCAUUUCUCUUGGCACUUUUGUGCUUUGGACGCAGCAUUUAUUAUUGUACAAUGAAAAUUAGUAUGAUAGAAGGUCCAAUGUAAUACCCUAAAUGACAAUCAGUUGCUAAUAUUUUAAAACCAAUUCCUCUAACAUCUAUGUCGUAUAAUAAUAUAUUUAGAUCAAAUGUUUAUAGUAAUAAAAUGACAUACAAGUCCUUCUAGGACAAUUGGUACAUUCUUACACGUGCAUAUGUAAGUUUAUAUUGCUAGUAAUCAGCAAUAUUCUUACAUAUACAUGUGCAAAUGUACAUGUUAUGGAUGAAGAGGAUGUGUAACUGUAAUGUAUGACACUUUCUCACAUAAGGUAAUAUAUCAAAAAGUACUAGAAGUUGGGGUAUCCAUUUAAAAACAAAGGAUUGUUCCUCUGCACUUUUAUAUUGUCAAGCACAGGACCAAGACAACAACCCCAUUAUAUUGUUUUCAUAUUUGAAUGAGAAUAUACUAAUGAAAAUAUGCUUUCUACAUCUACAGUAAAUAUACAAAAUGCACAUAUAUACAUACAUAGAUAUAUAUGCAAAUAAAACAUUCUUGCAUGAAUAUUCCAAUUGUAAGCAGCUAUACAUACAGCUAUAUAUAUUGCGUUUGCAAUUACGAACUUGCAUUGUCAGAUAACAAAAGAAUGAAAAUAUCUUUUUAAGAAAGAAUUAUAAAUCGAUAUCGUUUGACAGACGUUUUUGGGUUUAUGUAUUAUUUGACAUGCAAGUAAAAUUAUAUAAAAUACA